CUUUAUUAAAAUUCCACAAUGGAUAAUGCAUUAAUGCAUUGAUCCUCGAUCUUUUUGAUUAACUUAGUGGUUAAAUAUUUGUGUUGUUUCAUUUAGGUCAAAUAAGCGUGGUUUUAACAACUCUUUUAGAGCCUAGGCCUAUUUUGUGUUUGUCAAAUUUCAAAGUCAGUGGUGGUAUAACCAUAACCAUUCUACUUCUUAUACAUUUCUUUUUCACAACCUAUGAAAGCCAAUCAUGACUGGGCAAGGCAACAAACAGUGUUGGAUCAAAAGUAUUGAGGAUGAAAAUAUUACUAUUUUGUUAAAAGAGAAUGAAGAGGUAAUCCUAGGUAGGAGUCGAGAGACAAAUAUAAAAUGUCAUCAAUGCUCCAAACAACAAGUGUCUCUACUAGCAGACUAUAACAAAGAAACAGUGAUUAUAACCCAUUUAGGCAAAAAUGCUUCCUGUGCAAACGGAAUCAUAUUGAAGAACGACAAACACGUUUUGAAACAUGGUGAAACGUUUGAGUUUGUUGUAGGAAGAUAUCCAUUCAAGGUAGAAUUUGAUCCUCCUAGUAAGAAUGAAAAUAUGGGAAAACGGAAAAACGAGAGUGAACAUUCUAAUGAUUGUGGCUCGGAAUUGAAACGUUAUUGCAAAGACAGAAAGAUUGCCCCUGAAGCAACAAUAAAAUUGAAAAUAUCCCCUGAAGCAACUGCCCCUGUUUGCACAUCCAAUACUUGGGACAAAAUUGAAGAUGGAAAAUUAUAUGUUUAUACAAGUGUCGGGGUUACGAGCAGUAACAAGAUUGCGGCCUAUGACAUGGACGGUACAUUGAUACUGACCAAAUCAGGACGAGUGUUUCCGAAGGACAAAGACGACUGGAAAAUUGCAAACAGUGCUGUGAAAACAAAGCUGACGAAACUUGUGGGUGAUGGAUUCAAAGUAGUGAUUCUUACAAAUCAAGCUGGUAUUGGACGGGGUAAAACAAACUUGAACGAGUUUAAGAGUAAAAUCAAGGAAGUUGUCGAUGCUUUGGGAGUUCCGGUUCAGGUGUUUAUUGCCACUUCAAACUCCAUCUUCCGAAAGCCUGCCCCUGGUAUGUGGAACUACCUUCAAGACAAGAAGAAUGAUGGCAUUACGAUUUCAAUGGACAAGUCUUUUUAUGUGGGAGACGCAGCUGGUAGGAUUGCAAACUGGGCUCCUGGCAAGAAAAAAGAUUUUUCCUCCGCUGACCGACUGUUGGCGAUCAAUUUAAAGCUUUGCUUCCAAACUCCAGAAGAACACUUUUUGAAAGAACCUCCGGGAAAAUUUCUUCUCCCAACUUUCAAUCCUUCUGCACUUGGUGAAGAUGUUCCUAUUGUAUCUGGAGAUGGAAAUGACGAAGACAUCAUCAGUAAAACUCAGGAGGUGGUUGUGAUGGUCGGUUACCCGGGGUCAGGCAAGAGCUAUUUUGUUCGACAACAUCUGUUGAAGGCCGGCUACACCCACGUCAACCGAGACACACUGGGCUCGUGGCAGAAGUGUGUGCAAACCAUGGAGACGGCCUUGUCAGCUGGACGAUCAGUCGUUAUAGACAACACCAACCCGGACAAAGAAAGUAGACAGAGGUAUAUUCAGAGUAGCAAAGGGAAACCUGUCAGAUGUUUUGUCAUGACUACUUCCAUCGAACACGUUAGGCACAAUAUCAGAUUUCGAGAGCUAACAGAUCCUAAACAUGUUCCUGUGAAUGAGAUGAUUAUCAAUACUUACAAGAACAAGUUUGAAGCUCCCAGUUUAGAUGAAGGUUUCACGCAGAUCGUCCAAAUCAACUUUGUUCCCACAUUUUCCGACCCUCAACUGAAGAAUCUGUAUCAGAUGUAUUUGAUGGAGAAAUGACUAUCAAAUUCUGUGCACUCUCAUCAAACGGAAGACUUGAAAAGUAAAUUGUGAUAUCUAAGUUUGUGAAGUGCACUGUUGUUUGUAUUGUAUUUUGUAUGUUGUUACGUAGAGUACAUUUGACUGCGAAUUUGUAUUUUAGUUUUGUCUAUAAAAUCAAUUCUCUCGACAGUAGUCGUAUAGGUCGGAUAUCCCGAGGAGUCGGUUAUGCCGAGUUUGGAUAUGAGGGGUUCUACUGUUCUACAGUAGUAUCAUUAAUGGAUAGACAGAUGGCAUCUGCGUCUGGUAACAAUCUCGCAUGGAAUCAAAACAGCUGGCCUACCUUCAUAUUUGAAGAACAGCGCCUUAACCACUUGGCUACCCUUAUAAAUUUAAUAUCAUUUGUUCCUUGUGGUUGAAAGAUACAGAAAUCAAAUUACAAAUACAGAACUGUGAUGAGUUUGAGCCACUUGUAGUUCCUUGAAUUAAUUAUUGUUGUUUUUGUGUUGUUAAAAAAAUACAUUUUAUAGUUUGCU